AUGUCUUACACCUAUAACAACGGGGCUUAUUCGCCUCGAAACAACCAGCCUGGAACGCCCAACCAGGGCCAACAACACAUGGCCUACUCUCCCGCCGCCAUGUACAACGGAGGCUACGGCUACGUGGACAUGACCCAGAUGCAGGGUCAGUACUACCCUCCCCAGGAGGGCAUGUCCCCCGGCGCCCAGUACGCCCAGCCCUACGGCUCUCCCCAUCACACCCAUUCGCCCCUGACCAUCAUGGACCCCGUCACUCACAGACCCAUUGUGACUCCCGGUAGCAACACCGGAACGCCCACGGGUCCCAACGCCACUCUGGCUUCUCCCAAGCCUAACUCUCCGCGGGUUGCCCACCGACGAACCGAUUCGUCCAACCCUGCCGGCGACUCCAUCAAGGCCAACUUCAUGGCCCAGGUGCUUGCUGCCAAAGCCAAAAAGGAGGCUGCUGAGAAGGGCACUGAGAAGAAGGAGGAGGUGAAGGAAGAGAAGAAAGAGGAGCCCAAGCCUGAGACCAAGCCUGAGGAGGAGGUCAAGAAGGAAGAGCCCAAGAAGGAAGAGCCCAAGAAGGAAGAGCCCAAGAAGGAAGAGCCCAAGAAGGAAGAGCCCAAGGAGGAUCAGAAAGAAGAGGUGAAGGAGGAGCUCAAGGAGACCCCCAAGGAGGAUGCCAAGCCCGUGGAGGCUGAGAAGCCCAAGGAGGAUGUUAAGGAAGAGGCUAAGCCCGUUGAGGCCGAGAAGCCCGCCGAGACUAAGCUUGAGGAGGAGUCUUCCGCCCCUGCUCAGGAAGAGAAGGUCGAGAAGAAGGUCGAGAUUGUCGAGCCUCCCAAGGAGCCCUCCGCCGAGGGAGAGCCCACCGAAGACGCCUCCGAGUCCACUCCUAAUCCUGUCGAGAAGAUCGCCGAGACUAUGCGACUCAAGAAGCGAUUCGCUCACUCGUGGAACAAUGCCACACCACUAACCGCCGAAGAAAUCACUACCAAGGUCACCUACCCCGAGUCCGUGACCAAGUCUCUCAUGGAGGUGUCUCCCGCCCCUACAUUCCGAUACAGCCUGGACUUCCUGCUGCAGUUCCAGCCUCUGGUUACCGAGCAGCCCCCCAGUGGUCUGGAGGGUGCUAAGGCUAUCACUGAGGAUUGCAAGGGCUCCAAGGCACCCCGAGCCUCCAGCCGAGGCUCUGGUGGUGGCCCCAACCAGCAGAUGGGCUCCUUCUCCAACUUUGGACGAGGAGGCCCCGGAGGACCCAGUGGACGAGGUAUGCCCCGAAUGGGAUCUUCUUCUAACAUGCGAGGCGAUCACGGUGGCCAUCACCAGAGCCACCGAGGCGGCGACCGAGGUGACCGAGAGGGCGGAGGACGAUCCACUCGAAACAACAGCAGCAGAAACCGUCGAAAUCCCAGCAACAGAGAGCGAUACCCUCCCCAGGGCGCCAACCAGGAGAUCAUUGAGUACGUGCCUCCCCCUCCCAAGAGUGAGAACUCGUGGGCCGCCAAGCGAUUGGCUGCCAAGAAGGAAACUAGUACUCCUCCUCCUGCCGAGAGCGAGCCCGCUGAAGAAGAGACUCCCCGAAUUCCUCCCGAUGUGGUUCAGAAGAAGGUCAACUCCAUGCUUAACAAGAUGACGCUGGAGAAGUUUGACAAGAUUUCGGACCAGAUUCUGGAGAUUGCAUCCCAGUCCAAGCACGAGCACGACGGCCGAACGCUGCGUCAGGUGCUUGAGCUCACGUUCGCCAAGGCCACCGAUGAGGCUCACUGGGCGUCCAUGUACGCUCGGUUCUGCAAGAAGACUAUGGUCACUGUUGAUCCUGAUAUUUAUGAUGACGACGUCAAGGACAAGAACGGCGAGUACGUGCGAGGUGGAGCUCUGUACCGAAAGUACCUGCUCAACAGAUGCCAGGAUGAGUUUGAGAAGGGAUGGGAAGAUAAGCUGCCCACCAAUGAGGAUGGUUCUCCCAUGGACCCCGAUAACGCCACUCCCGAGUAUGACAAGGCCGUGGUUGCCAAGCGACGAGGCCUUGGUCUCAUGGUGUUCAUCGGUGAGCUGUUUAUGCUUAACAUGUUGUCCGAGAACAUUAUGCGAAGCUGUCUCACUCGACUCAUUUCGCCCAAGGAUGGAGCCUCUGAGGAGACCAUUGAGUCUCUGUGCAAGCUAACUUCUACCGUGGGUCUGCGUAUGGAUCAGUCGCCCAACUCCAAGGAGUUCAUGGACAUGUUUUUCCAGCGACUUACCGAUACCAAGAACAGUGGCACUCUGCCGUCGCGUCUUAAGUUCAAGAUUCUGGAUCUUCUGGAGAUGCGAGCUGGCGGCUGGAAGCAGUCCAACGACCAGGGUCCGAAGACUAUCUCCGAGAUCCAGGACGAGGCUGCCGCAGCCAAGGAGAAGCAGCAGCAGCAGCAGGACCGAGACCGCUCCCACCGAGGCGGAAACCGACGAAGCGGACACCCCAUGGGUGGUCGAUCCGAGUCGUACCGUGGCGGUAACGAGCGGGACCGAAACACAAACUCGCUCAACACUGGCGAUCUUAAGCAGUUUGGUAAGAUCCGAUCUGAUUCUUCCAACACGUUUGGUCCUCCCUCGUCUAUGAUGGGUCGGGGCGGCUCCAACGCGUCGCGAAACUCGUCCCAGACCUCGCUGCAGCAGCAGGGCCGACAGAACAGCUCUUCCCCGGGCAUUCCUCUGUCCAAGGACUCGUCACGAGCAUCUUCUAAGCGUGGCAACAUUUUCGAGCAUCUGAUGGGUGACGGAGAGGGAGAGGAGGAGAACUAG